AUGAACGACCCCAAUCUGAACACGCUCCUCAAGUGGGGUGUCGAGAACUCAAACGUCUCCGAAGGCGCAGAGGCGCCAAAGAAGACGACCCUGAGCCCAGAGGCUCUCGCAGCUCUGUUUGGAGGCAAUCAAAAGUCAGACGCACAGAUGAUGAAGGACAACAUGGAGGUCAUCAAGAGGGAGGACUGCGACAUGGAGGACCGUCUCAUCGCAUUCGACAACUUCGAGCAGCUCAUCGAGAACCUCGACAAUGCGAACAACCUCGAAUCGCUGGGCCUCUGGAUCCCGCUGAUCGAACAGCUGGAGAACAAGGAAGCGGAGCUGAGGAGGUUUGCUGCCUGGUGCAUCGGUACCGCAGUGCAGAACAACAUCAAGACGCAAGAAAAGCUCCUCGUGCUGGGUGCCAUCCCAAUUCUAGUACGCUUGGCGACGGGAGAUGAUGAGACGAAAGUGAAGAAAAAGGCCAUCACGGCGCUCUCCUCCUCGGUCAGGAACUUCCAGCCCGCCCUCGACGACGCCGUAUCGCACGUGCCCGCAGACUUCAAGCCUUCGGAAAAGCUAGAUGCCAACGACAUGGACUCGGUGGAUAUUCUGAUCAACAAGCUCCGGGAGAGUUUGUGA